GAAUAAUGCAUGAGAAUGAGUAAGUCAUCAACUUUUAAAGGUGUUUGAGGAGAGUGUGGAGGAUGCAAGUAUCAAAUUUUUUUUACAUAUUCACAAAAAUGUAAUUUUUUUACCUGGUAUUUUGGAGAAUAUUUGUGGAGGAGAUAUUUUUAGGCACAUUUAUUUUAUUUUUCUAAAAAUGUAAUUCCAAUCAAAAAAAGUUUAGGUGGUUAGAUUUCCACUGAAUUCACAGAAGCCAUGGAAAUUGAAACCUAAAAACUCACAGAUUGUUGAAAUUAUACGUAUACUGUCAUGGCACUGAAUCUCAGUCCUCCUCUUCCUCUCUGUCUGAUUCCAAAACACAAGCACCGGUCCAGGUUAUGUUCUUCUUCAUUUAGAGCAUCCGCGCAGUCUGAGAGGAAUGAAGGCGGAGUAACAGAGGAGGGAUCUCCUGCUGCUUUUUCUGGGUCUCUCUCUUCUAGUCGAACACAGUUAGAUCUCUUGGAGCAACUCACUUCUACUGCUCCAUCAGUUGAUGGUUACGAGAGUGAUGGUAUUUCUGGAGAACUUACAAUUCGAGAACAGCUAGCGCAGCUGGUUGGAGAAAGAGAAGGUGACUUCAGCAUUCCGUUGGGAAAAGAUUUGAAGAAGGUUAGUGCCUGA